AUAUGACAAUUCAAAAUAAUGAACCAUAUGACAGCUCUUUUAUGGAAAAUUCCGAGGCCUCAGCUUACCUUUAAAAUCCAGAGAUGUGUUUCCUAGCAUUUCAAACCACAUAACCCAAGUUUCUUCUCUCUCUGAAAGGCAAUGGCUAACACAAAGCUUCUCAUAGCUUUCUUUCUUCACUUGAUGCUUGCUUUUUCUGUCUUAGAUCUUGCUAAUGCACAAGGCUUGAAACUUGGCUUCUACAAAACAUCAUGCCCCUCGGCUGAGCAUAUUGUCAAAGAGAUAACAAAAAAAUUUAUUUCUCGGGCACCAACUCUUGCAGCUCCUUUGUUGAGAAUGCAUUUCCAUGAUUGUUUUGUUAAGGGAUGUGAGGGUUCUGUGCUGUUGAACUCUACCAAGAAAAACCAAGCUGAGAAAGAUGCAUUCCCCAACCUAAGCCUAAGAGGAUUCCAAGUUGUCGAUGCUGUGAAAACUGCAGUAGAGAAGAAGUGUCCUGGAAUCGUUUCCUGUGCAGAUAUUUUAGCGCUUGUAGCUCGAGAUGCAGUUUCUGUGAUCAAUGGACCCUCUUGGUUAGUCCCCACAGGACGAAGAGAUGGAAGAAUAUCAAUUGCUACAGACGCCUUUAAGAAUCUACCAUCUCCUGCUUUUAACAUUACUCAACUAAAACAAUCAUUCGCCUCAAAGGGUUUAAGUGUUAAAGACCUUGCAGUUUUAUCAGGAGGGCACACCAUAGGAAUUUCUCAUUGUCCUAGCUUUGUAAAUCGCUUAUACAAUUUCACUGGCAAAGGCGACACGGACCCAACAAUGGACCAGAACUACAUAGCUCAUUUGAAGAGUAAAUGCAAACCAACAGAUACAACUACAUUUGUUAAUCUCUCCCCGAGAAGUACGCACAAAUUUGAGCCAAAUUACUACACUCUUGUGGGUAAAAGAAGAGGACUAUUCCAAUCCGACGCAGCUCUUCUCACUGACAGCACUACAAAAGCUUAUAUCCAACUUCAGGCAGCCUCAAAGGGAUCUAUUUUCAUGAAAGACUUUGGAGAGUCUAUGGUGAAGAUGGGUCAGAUUGGUGUCCUUACUGGCAAAUCAGGUGAAAUCAGGAAACAAUGUAAUCGCAUCAACUAAUAGCUAAGUUUUGUAUUUUUCUUUUUUCAUUUUUAGUAUUUUUGUCCAAAUGGUGACAAACUCUGCAGCAGAUUUGUAUUUGUAUUUGUUUUGUGUGAAUGUAUAUGUUGGUUUUGCAAAAUUUGUGGCAUUACCGUGAGUGUGAGUGUUCUAUAUCUAGUUCCCUGAUCGGUUUCUGUAUAUUGUAUUGAUCUGCAUGGAUCUUACCUUCAAUAAAGGUGAUUGUUUUUUUUUUUUUA